CUAUUUAUAGCUUUGCAACGUACCCAGUAGCUGCACAUGUGACACGCGAUUUCUUUAUGAGAGAUGCGUAAAUUGGACAUGAGGUUGAAGUGUUUAUAGUCGCCUGAUACUAUCCUUGCCUUUCAAUACACGGAGAUACACAGUGCUGUGAUGAGCUGAUUAUUUUUGGUUGCAAAUCAAGGACUUUUUUUCAAAUAAAUCCAUGAGUUUACAGCCAAAUUAUCUGAAAUGACGUCGACCGGAGGAGAAUGGGACGCUUCUCAGCUCAGGGAGUACCCGUUUCCUUUGGAAAACAUCCCCCGAUUGGACGUAAACGACCCAGAAGUUGGGAGAUGUAUUGCGCAAACGCAACCAGUGGUUAUUACGGGUUCAAAGCUUGCAGAACCAGCUCUGAAAUGGAACCUAGACUACCUCCAAGAACACUUAGGCCAGUGUAUGUUCAAUGUAUUUGCGGCCAAGGGCACAGGUCACAAGUUCAUGUACUAUGACCCCAAAAAGGCUGCGAACUGCAAGGACUUUGAGCCUCAGAUGCACGCAGUGGAUAUGACAUUCCCGGAGUUUGUUCAUCGGUUCCGAACAUCUAAGCCUGAGGAUAGUCGGUUAUACCUGCAGCAGGCUCUGAAUGACACGGUAGGGACGGCCAUAGUCGACGACUUUGUUAAUUUCAAUUGGUCCUGGGUGACGGCUCAGCAGAGGACUCACGACUGGGGACCACUGACCUCCAACCUCUUGCUGAUCUCAAUGGAAGGCAAUGUGACCCCAGCCCACUAUGACGAACAGGAGAACCUAUUUGCUCAGGUGCAAGGCUACAAGAGGGUCAUCAUGUUCCCUCCCAGUCAGUUUGGGUGUUUGUACCCAUUCCCUGUCAACCACCCCUGCGAUAGGCAGAGCCAGGUUGAUUUUGAUAAUCCAGAUUACGAAAAGUUUCCAAAGUUCCGAAAUGCCAAAGGUUUGCAAGCCGUCGUGGGACCUGGUGAUGUCAUCUACAUUCCAAUGUACUGGUGGCAUCAUAUAGAGUCACUUCUUGGUGGUGAAACCGUCUCUGUCACCUUCUGGUACAAGACCUCCCGGAUACCUCAGACCAUCACCUACCCCUUGUCACCUCAGCAGAAAGUGUGUAUCAUGAGAAACAUUGAGAAGAUGUUGGGCGAGGCUCUUAAAGAUCCUGCAGAGAUUGGCUCGUUACUUCACACGUUAGUCCAGGGACGUUACCCCGCCGAUACACGCGACUUCAUGUCCCCAACAUAGAGCAAGGAAGACCAACAACAUAUUGCCAACAGCUGUAAAUAGUUGAUCUGUUUCUAAUCAUGCAAAUUAAUGUGCUAAAUAUUUAGAAAAGUCUCAGGUUGUGUAAAUCAAAGACAUAAGCAGGCGAUACAUUGUGUACAUGAAAUGUAUCUUACGCUUCUCGCCCAAAGAUCCAAUUGUAAUUUGGCUAAAAGGACCUUGUCAGAAAGCGAAUUUUUUGUUUAGUCGGGGAAUACUUUUUGUUGAUGAUGUGAUACAGUCUACAUAUGUGUACUAUCUGUAGUCCAAGGGAAGAUAAUUUGGAGAGUUAUCUUUUGGAUGGGUAGGGUGGGAUUUUAUGUACUUAGGCUCAAUCUCAUCAAUCUGCUAAUUCAAAAAAAUGCUUAGCAAGUUUAUUGCCUGUCAUGACUACCUCCCAGAUUUCAUCGCAGUACCUCAGUUCUCCUUCAUCCUUUGUGAUUUAAUUCUGUGUCCCAGGUUCGAAGCACACCUGGUGCAUUUGAGUUUGUCAGUCGUUUCAUGAAAGGGUGAACAUUUCCUCAGAAACUUUGCGGAGCGUUCCUGCCAUCUCUUGGUUUUCUCGAGAUAUUUUUGAUUGAACACUGUGAAUAGUCAUGUACAUGUACUGAUUUUGUCAUGAGAUCAACUUGAAAAAAUAAUUUUUAACUCUAUAAUUUAGUGUGCAUUCAGGUUUGAUGCAUGUUCCAAUUUUUACAAUUGAUGCUAUAUUCUAUUUUGUUACUUGUACAUGUGCUUAAAAGUUUUCUUUUUUGCUUUCGUGGUUCGUUGUAAGAAAAAUCAGCUCUGGAAUUUUUACUGCCAAAUAUAAAACUUUUUUUGCCGGAAAUGUAUGUCUAAAACAAAUCAUUGAAGAGUUUGUAUGUUAGAUGAUUGUAGUUUUAAUUGAGAAUAUCCACCUUGACAAUAUUUAUGAUAUUCUUGUCAGUUUUUGUUUGUGGCUUAUUGUCUGGGGAUCGGGCGAUACUUCCCAUUUUCAGAUGUAUUAUAAAUUCACAGCAAAGGAUUGUACGACUGAUUUUGGAUCCAUAGCGAUGGUCUUUUCGGUUGACAAAAUUUUAAUCUAAGUUUAAUACCGCAUUGAAUCGGGUUUUUCCUUCAAAAUUGAAAUUCUUUGUUCCUAAUUUACCAUUCAAGUAAAACUCAUAAGGCCAUGUAGUCAUGAAAACUAUUUUUUGAAAGAUCAGUGUUUUUUUAGGCUUAUACGGGAUGGUUUUGCCAUGCUAUCCUAUUACUGAAAUUUCCAAAGUCGGACGCGGAUGCAGGUCGUUACAUGAACUUCCUUUUUUUUUUCUAAAACACGGAAAUCGCGUAUAGGACACAGUCGGUUAUUUGCAGAGCCGCAGAUAGACAGGUAGGCCUGUUAGAAUUACAGACAAAUGACAUUUGUACCUCAUGUACACAUAUUCAAGUUGUAACUGAUUUAACCUUGUAUAAAUCGAAACGUUUAGUGCUGAAGGAGGGUAAUCCAUAUUUUCAAAAAGAAACUACAAGAACAAGUGUUAUUUUACUGUCGGUCUUUUAAUAGAGUAUCUGCUAACUCCAGCCACGGGAAUAAAGAACAAUACGACAUUGCCUUCGGGGGACAGUUGAGAUUGUUCAAGCCGUUAAUUUGAAAUGUUCGUGACUUUGUUCCGCUGAGAUAGGCAUUUUUAAACCUUUUGCUUCUUUUUUUUUUAUCAACAGAGCAAAAAAACUUCUGACGUGGAAACUUUUAAGUCUUUAGGCCUGUGUACUGUGCAAUUACUUAGAUCUAUCAGAGCAAUAAGUAUAUGCUUUUAAUAAUACAUGUAGUUAUCUCGUAAACGAUGAUUUUCUAAACGUGAAUGCAAGUGUUUUUUUCAUGUAGCCAGUGUAUAUCAUGCUUUCAUAACAUCAUUUUUAAUGUGAAGUAUAAAAAUGUUCCACAUA